ACUGCCUCCAAGCUGUGCACUGCAAUGGAUAUUUUAAAAGAGGACGGGGUCCACGAGCUGAAAUACAAACCCGGAGGCCGUUUGGACAUGAGCCACGGCUUCCUGCACCAUAUCCGGAGGAACCAGAUUGCGAGAGAUGAUUACGACAAAGAAGUAAAACAAGCCAAAGAGCAGCAGCGGCGAAGACACACAACCACUCCCAGACGACCACGUCGACCCGACAUCCAAGUUUAUCACCCCCGAAGACGACAUGGAUCCGAGCCAGGAGCCGGCGCUGACGCUGAAGAGUGGAACGAGAGCGGCUCAAGCACGGAGACGGAGACUCAGGGGACUGAACUCUUCUGGCUCGACUAUCAGGCGGACUCUGGCGCUGUCACGUCCUUCAUUGUGCACAAGGAGGAUAAGCCAGAGAAGGUGGUGGGUCGAGUUGCAGAGAAGAACAUCCUGAACGCGGCCAUGAGGGCGGCUCUGGAGGUUCGGAUCCGCAAAGAAAUCGACAAGCGGCGAGACAAACGCUGAGAGACGUUUCACGCUGUAGAGACUGAAGACGUGCACCGAAAGGAGCGGUGGCUCAUGUUCAGCUCUGCGUUCGUCCGAGGCGUCACCGCUGUGUUGAGGGCGAAACGAGGCCACUGGGAACGUGUACAGUGACCGUGAGCACAGCUCUAAAGGGACGAAGCUGUCUUCAGUUCAGCAAAAGGGAAAAGGUGUUUGCUGGUCAGUUUGGUCGUGAGCUGACUAUCAGGUCAUUACAUUUUACACUCUUUGGAUCAUCAUAGUCUUGAGUCACAACAUCGAGGACCUUUAUAUGAGUUUUUAGACGUGUUUGUGCCAGGAGUCGGUGUCCUGACCACAUUUCUCCAUCCAGCAUGUUUCUUGUGUUUACAAAGACCUAGUUUUUAUAGGACAGAUAAAAGGUUUUUUUUUAUAAAAAUGCUCUCAGAGGAAUAUUCAUCUACCACAGAUAUACAGAAUGUUUUUUGUUCUUUUUAUACAAAGAUGAAAGGUUUAAACAAUACAGCAGUGUCGGCAACUGUGUUUUGUAGGUUUCCGUGUUUUUAUUUAUUUUAAGUUGUUGAUAGACUUUAUUUUUGAUACUAUAAUAUUUUUUUGAGGAUGCUUUUUUAACAAGAAUAUAUAUGUACAUAAACCCUGUUUUUUUUUUCUUUUUUUUUUUUUUUGCUGUCCAGUUGUGUGUGGAUCUGAACCUGAACAAUGUGAAUGCAUUCUUGAUGUCCCUAUGAACUAAUCUACGUGAAAUGAGGUUUGUUGACCCUUUUAUUGUUAUUCUGAAAAAUCAAUUGUUUGGAUUACAUAAAAUGUUUGGGUAGCAAAAUUAUAUUAGUUUCAGUUUUU